AUGGAACAACUGGUUCCUUAUUGGGCCUUGUUUUGUACAACGAAGACAUUCAUUGAGGAAUUCAUGGCCAAUCAAGAAGCCUUAAACAAGUCUGCUUUCGUUCGGCCGAACUGGCCGUGCGAACAAUUACCGCAAUGCCUUCUCGAUGCCGAUAAUUAUUUACAGGACAUCGAAUAUGAGGUGGCGGAAGAGGCUCAGGGAGCCGCGGGAGGGAGCGAUGUUCUUACCCACACGGUAGUUCGGUAUCUUGAGAAAAUUCAGAGCUUCUUAGACCAGAACGUGGAUGAUGCUGCGGAAAUGGAUAUUAUAGACCGGGCAUCACAAAAGUGA